AUGGUGGGAGGUCUUUUGUGGGCAAUUUUGUGUCUAAGAGGAGAGUGUUCAAAAGAAAAGGAUAGGAUCGUGAGGCUGCCGGGGCAACCAAGUGUUAGCUUUCAACAAUUUUCAGGUUAUAUUAUCAUUGAUGAUUAUCAAAAUAGAGCUCUUUUCUACUAUUUUGUAGAGGCUCACACGGAUCCUAGUUCCAAGCCUCUUCUUCUUUGGCUUGAUGGAGGUCCAGGGUGUUCAUCCCUUGGUGUUGGAGCUUUUGUUGAGCAUGGCCCUUUCAGACCAAAAGGAGAUGUUUUGAUUCAUAAUCACUUCAGCUGGAACAAUGUGGCAAACAUACUAUAUCUUGAAUCUCCAGCUGGAGUUGGCUUCUCAUUUUCUGAAAACACCACAUUCUAUACCACAGUUAAUGAUACUAUUACAGCACAAGACAACUUGGUUUUCCUCGAACGAUGGUUCGAGAAGUUUCCUAAAUACAAAAAUCGAGAUUUCUUCAUCAGCGGUGAGAGCUACGCUGGUCAUUAUGUUCCACAGCUUGCAACACUCAUUCUCCAAUCCGAACUCAACAUUUUUAACCUCAAGGCUAUAGCUGUAGGGAAUCCAUUGUUGGAAUUCGACACAGAUUUCAAUGCAAGAGGAGAAUAUUUGUGGUCUCAUGGAUUGAUUUCAGACUCUACAUAUCAACUUCUGAACAAAGUUUGUAAUAUUUCUGAAAUCACAAGACAAUCCAUUCUCCAUAACGUUUCUACUUCUUGUUCAAUGGUCAAUAAUUUGGUAUCCAAAGAACUUUCAGAGUUCAUCAACUUAUAUUCUGUCAACCUACACGUUUGUACAUCCUCAACCCUUUCACAAGCAGGAGAUAGUGGGAAGAUAGAUGUAUGUAUAGCAGAUGAAGUGGAUAGUUACUUAAACAGAUUGGAUGUCCAAAAGGCUCUUCAUGCUCAACUACUUGGAGGGGCUUCCAAUUGGAGCUUUUGCAGCUUUGUUUUAAAGUAUGAUAAGAAGAACUUAAUGAUACCUACCAUUUACACCUUGGGUUCUCUUGUGCAGUCAGGAAUUAGGGUUCUCGUGUAUAGUGGAGAUGAAGAUGCAGUUAUCCCAUUAUUUGGGAGUCGAAGUCUGGUCAAUAAAUUAGCAACCACUUUAAGCUUGAACACAACCCUACCUUACUCACCUUGGUUUUACAACCAUCAGGUUGGAGGAUGGGUAGAAACAUAUGGAGAAAAGAACAUUCUAUCAUUUGCAACAGUUAGAGAAGGUGCUCAUCAAGCUCCCUAUACAGCCCCAGGAAGAUCUUUGGCUCUCAUUACUGCUUUUCUACAAGGAAACAACCCAUGA